CACACUCGGCGCUCUAGCCCAUCAUGACGCUACUCUGUGGCAUCUCGGGUUCCCUCUGGCUGCCCUGUGGAGGACUAACUCGUUUUCUUUUUGGCUUUGAGAGGGCAGGCAUCCGCGACUGAGCUGGAAGAAAGAUGGCGGCAGCCGUGCGACAAGAUUUGGCCCAGCUCAUGAAUUCGAGCGGCUCUCAUAAAGAUCUGGCGGGCAAGUAUCGUCAGAUCCUGGAAAAAGCCAUUCAGUUAUCUGGGGCAGAACAACUAGAAGCCUUGAAAGCUUUUGUGGAAGCAAUGGUAAAUGAGAAUGUCAGCCUCGUGAUCUCUCGACAGUUGCUGACUGAUUUCUGCACACAUCUCCCUAACCUGCCUGAUAGCACAGCCAAAGAAAUCUAUCAUUUCACCUUGGAAAAGAUCCAGCCUAGAGUCAUUUCAUUUGAGGAGCAGGUUGCUUCCAUAAGACAGCAUCUUGCAUCCAUAUAUGAGAAGGAAGAAGAUUGGAGAAAUGCAGCCCAAGUGUUGGUGGGAAUUCCUUUGGAAACAGGACAAAAGCAGUAUAAUGUAGAUUAUAAACUGGAGACUUACUUGAAAAUUGCUAGGCUAUAUCUGGAGGAUGAUGAUCCAGUCCAGGCAGAGGCUUACAUAAACCGAGCAUCUUUGCUUCAAAAUGAAUCAACCAAUGAACAGUUACAGAUACAUUAUAAGGUAUGCUAUGCACGAGUUCUUGAUUAUAGAAGAAAAUUCAUUGAAGCCGCACAAAGGUACAAUGAACUCUCUUACAAGACAAUAGUGCAUGAAAGUGAAAGACUAGAGGCCUUAAAACAUGCUUUGCACUGUACCAUCUUAGCAUCAGCAGGACAGCAGCGUUCUCGGAUGCUAGCUACUCUUUUUAAGGAUGAAAGGUGCCAGCAACUUGCUGCUUAUGGGAUCCUAGAGAAAAUGUACCUAGACAGGAUCAUCAGAGGAAAUCAACUUCAAGAGUUUGCUGCCAUGCUGAUGCCUCACCAAAAAGCAACAACAGCUGAUGGUUCUAGCAUCUUGGACAGAGCUGUUAUUGAGCACAACUUGUUGUCUGCAAGCAAAUUAUAUAAUAAUAUUACCUUUGAAGAACUUGGAGCUCUUUUAGAGAUCCCUGCAGCUAAGGCAGAAAAGAUAGCAUCACAAAUGAUAACAGAAGGACGUAUGAAUGGAUUUAUUGAUCAGAUUGAUGGAAUAGUUCAUUUUGAAACACGAGAAGCCCUGCCAACAUGGGACAAACAGAUUCAAUCUCUUUGUUUCCAAGUGAAUAAUCUUUUGGAGAAAAUUAGUCAAACGGCACCAGAAUGGACAGCACAAGCCAUGGAAGCCCAGAUGGCUCAGUGAAUCCUCGCAGAGCUUCUGUGUACACUAUAUCUUUUUCCAUGUUGUACAGAUUAAUUUCACUUGCUCCAAAGCAUUUGCAUCUUGACCUUCCGUAUUUCAAUCCCUUUUAUGCUGGGUCCCUUUAAAGAAAACUUAUUAGAGCAGGAAGUACAGCAUUUAAAAAUACGUAGUUCUCAUAUAUUCAGGGUCUCAGUGUAUCAAGCUAACUCAGAUGUUUUGAAAAUUUUUUCUUUAAACUGAGUAAGUGAAAUAUCUGUGGCUAAAAGUUUGGGAUUUGUGAUAACUUUGUAGUCAUGUAAAAUUUAAGUGCUUUGUGCCUCUCCAAAUGUGGUUAUUCUAAUAAAUGGAGAAAUGAGCCAAAUAAAAGUAGUACUGUUUUUAAUUA